GUCAACCAAAGGCAUAUUCACAUACCUUGUCGGUCCAUCGAGGCCUUGCCUCUCGUCCAAAUUCACAUUCCCGUCCCUCACUACCGACCCGAUUCCCUCUCGUACGGCUGGGGCCGUGAGUAUGGCAGAAGAACUCAAUCCCUCACACGACUCUCUCACACUGCCUCGUUUUGUUGCGGCCCCUCAACUGGCACGGCCACUUCCGUCAAGUGAGACCUGUGUGGGUAACAGACCCCAGGCCACCCGCGCAACAAAAGCAGCCGCCGCCAAGAGAGUCGCAUCACGAGCAGGCCGGUCACACAUCAUCUUCAUUGGUCUCUUGCGAUCCACUACUAAACACGCCGACUCUCAUUCUCAAGCUCAUCUACUUGGGCGUCUCCCUCCCCCCCCCUCUGCUUUGCCCGCCCCCAUGUAGCCUUCCCUCUCUCAUGCUGCAAUGGGCUGGGGCGUCUUCUUCAUCACCUGGUCCAUUCGCUCGUACCAUGGCUUGAUGCGCGAGUUGUCCAUCAUGUCGCGCCACGCGUCAAACUCACGGAUGGAGUCGAGCACGCCAUACACCUCAAUGUCAGCUGCACACACACAUACACGUACACAGAUAGAGAGAGUGAGGCAAGCGAGGGAGAGCGGGCUCGUGUGUGUGUGUGUGUGUGUGUGUGUGUCGUUUACCAGUGGAUGGGGUCUCGCCUCCCAGGUACUGGCGGUCGCCGACUGCAUCGACGAACUCGUUGGCUGCGUCGUAGAGCGCCUGGCGCUCAUCUGUGAUGUCCAUCUUCUUCUUCAGACCCUUAGAGACAGCAAACAUCGCCAGCCCCCUGCACACACACACACACACACACACACACAUGAAGUGCUGGGUGCAGAUGCCCACCGGACACAGACGUACGCGCGCAGUGCAUCCCACCCCACCCGAUGUAUCUGGUGUAGAAAGAUUCCCAUGGCGAGUAGUUGCCCGUGUCGGCUAUUCUCCCAGUCACAGUCAGGGCCUCGGGGAUGGUGCGGUAGAUGUUGGGCGGCAGCGUCUUGGCGAGCUUCUCAUUGACCCAUGUGCGGUACUUGGACACCUCGUCUGCACACACUCACAUACGAUCAUUAGGCAGGUUGUGUGUUCCCGUCACGCUUGCUCACCGGGGUCGCCUGCAUUCUCUGCCGUCCUUCCCAAGACGGCCUGCAGCCGGCUGAUGAUCUCGGCUGAGUCGUUGACCUGCUCGCCGUUGAUCAUGGCUAUCGGCACCUUCUUGUAGUCGUCUGAGAAGGCGAUCUCCUUCUUGUUGCUGGGAUUCACUUCCACCUAACACACAGACAGCGCACGGUAUGGUGCACUACUGACUGCAACAUGUGAUGGAUGGACGCAGCAGGGCGGUGCUCACCUUAGUGUACGGGACCUGACACAGACAAAACACAUGUGUACACGAAUGCAUCACAGGAAACAAUGCGCCACAUGUGCAUUCCUUUCAGUCACCUGGUUAUACUCCAGAUAGGCCCGGACUUUGCUGCAGAAAGGGCAGGUCUGCAGCCAGGCAACACCGCCACCCCACCCAUACGCACAGAUCUCAGAUACCUGCCGAUAUAUCCAUCGGCCUUCCCUCCAUCCAUCCACCAUCGCAUACCUGGAACUGAUACCUGAAAUGGUCACACACACACAGGCGUCACAGCAGCACAUGUAUGUAUCACAUCAAAGCAUGUGUCGUGAUACAUACAGAGUGACUUCAGGCAGCUGUGCUGCUGCGUCCAUCAUUCGCAGAGGUGAAGGGCGCAGAUACGAAGAGGAGGGAGAGGUGAAGGUCGGCCGCAGGGAGCCUCUGAGGCCACGAGGCAGCGUUGAGGGCACAUAGCCGCAAACCAACGUGACGGUGAGCAGCACAGUGGCAAGGAGGAGGAGGAACAGCUUCAUUACGCAGACACAGGGAAAGAGAAGGGGGUGCCUCGACUUGCGUUCUUCGCAGAGAUCUGCAGC